CGGCCGGACGCAUCGCGAAGCAACCAAGAAAAUCCCCACCCGUGUGACUUUCUCUUCCUCCACGACUGGGCCUCAUCCUUCUCCCUCCCUGCCGCCUUGGAGCUCCGGCGCCCCGCACUCCGUGUUGCCGGCCGGCGGCGGCUCUGGCAGGCGGCGCAAAGCCACCAGAUUCAUGGCCAAGUCCGGUGCCCGUAAGGACGCCGCGCAAGUCCGGCCAUCUGCCACCUCGCCGCCGCAGCAGCACUCCCCAGGCGCCACAGCAAGCUCGUUCGCCAGCCGCUCUCCACAGCUUCUCUUCUACCCCGGCGCCCCGACAAGAUCCUCGGCCAGCCCCUCGACACCGCCACACCUGUACCCGCCUCUCAUGGAAUCCUCCUCAGCCAACCCUACAUGGAGGCCGAUGUAUACCUCUGCACCUGAAGGUCCGCUAAGUUUUGGACAAAUACCGCCCAUGAAUCCUUACAGUUUUCAACCUCAGCUAAUGCACCAUCAUGAACAAAGAUACCAAAAUAUGGAGAAUUUGCACUUUGUUGGUGCUUCCCCACAUGAUCCCUUUUCAACACCACCGCCACCACCGCACUCUAAUGUUUCAUCUCAGUCUGCUCCCACCAAAGUUGAUUCAAAGAAAAAGAAAAGGAAGGUCAAGAGUGUAGAUGCCGACGAAUCGGGAGCAAGGACCGCACAUCGUCUACCCUAUACACCCGAGGAACAUGAGAGACUGGCAGGUGCUUGGCUGGAGUGUUCACUCAAUCCCAUUGAUGGGAACAAAAAGAAGUCUGAGCAGUUUUGGGAUGACAUUGCUGCUCUAUACAGCAGCAGCCGCUAGCGACACUAGCUAGACAAUUGAUUCUGUCUGAUGAUGCGUACGUACACAAAGGAGCAAGCAGGCAGACUAUCACCAGCCUUUUCAACAUUUAACUAUGUGGGAAAAAAUCAAGGAUGAUUCAAAAUGGCUAGCCUCUUAUAAAAACAUGAUGGCAAAAAAGGAAACAUGACAGAGAUGUUAGAGUUCGUAAUCGUCCAACGCAUAAGGCUCUUAAAAAUGAUUUGAUUGAGCAUAUAUGGAGAAAGUUUGGGCGUGAAUAGAUUAUAUCCAAGUCUUGAUCGAUGUAUUGCUAAAUAUGUUCUAUAUAUUUCAAUAAUAUAAUAUUAUACUUUAUUA